UAUAAAUGUAAAGAUAUCCUCCAUAUUGUAUUCAUCGUUUGUUAUAUUUUAAUCGCAAGUGAUUAUCAUUGAUAAACAAGUACCUUCAUUAAUUUAAGCAUAUAAGUUGCAUUAUGGCAGCAGGUCCGAUAGCAGAGCGUAAUCAAGACGCUACAAUCUAUGUGGGAGGACUAGACGACAAAGUUACAGAAUCUUUGAUGUGGGAAUUAUUUGUCCAAUCUGGUCCAGUGGUAAAUGUACAUAUGCCAAAGGAUAGAGUAACACAAAUGCAUCAAGGUUAUGGAUUCGUCGAAUUUAUGGGAGAAGAAGAUGCGGAUUAUGCUAUUAAAAUUAUGAAUAUGAUAAAAUUAUAUGGUAAACCAAUCAGAGUCAAUAAAGCAAGUGCUCAUCAGAAGAAUCUGGACGUUGGAGCCAAUAUCUUUAUCGGUAAUCUAGAUCCUGAGGUAGAUGAGAAGUUAUUAUACGAUACGUUCAGUGCAUUUGGUGUUAUCCUUCAGACUCCAAAAAUAAUGAGAGAUCCAGAGACUGGAAAUUCAAAGGGAUUUGCAUUCAUUAAUUUUGCUUCUUUUGAUGCAUCCGAUGCUAGUAUAGAAGCAAUGAACGGGCAGUAUCUUUGCAAUAGACCAAUAUCCGUGUCAUAUGCAUUUAAACGUGACGCGAAAGGCGAGAGGCAUGGAAGUGCAGCAGAGAGACUUUUGGCAGCGCAAAAUCCUUUGAGUCAAGCGGACAGACCGCAUCAAUUGUUCGCCGAUGCUCCACCUUUGGCACCACCACCGAUGCCAAAUUCGACCGCGGUGGCUCAUCAAGCGGCUCAUCAUCCUCAACAUCACGUAAUGCAUCACGGAAUGGUGGUACCUCCACCACCACCACCGGCUACACCGGGUCCACCUAUGGGACAUCCUCCACCACCACCUGUACCACCACCACCUUCCAGUGGAUUUCCACCUGCGAGCAUACCACCUCCGCCGUUACCUCCGAUGUCAAUGGCUACUCAUCCACCUUUACCACCUGGAAUGCCACCACCUUUGCCACCUAUGCCCGUACCGACUUCUCAAGCUCAGCAAGCACAAACGAGAAUGAUGGCACCACCGCCACCUCACUGGGCCGGUGGAGCACCACCGCAAGGCCAAUUUCCACCUCCUCCACCUCCGGCAUCAAGCGGCGGACCACCGCCACAAUUUGGACAAUUCCAACCUUCACCGCCUCGACCUCCACCAGGCUGGAGACAUCCACCGCCACCUCCCGUGUCUCAAGGUGGCCCUCCACCACCGCCACCACCGCAAUUUAGGCCACCGUUCCCUCCGCGAGGGCCACCACCGCCGCCGCCACCUCACGAUGCCACCCAGUAUUAAUCUUAUAUAUUUCUAGUUCAACCUGCAGCACGUAUCUCGUGGAAAAAUGUACUACGUACAUACUACAAUCGGUCCUUAAAACAUUUUUAUAUUUGAGAACCGACUCGAAGAGAAUUAUUUUACAUGGGAAUAAUAGAAUAAAUUUUGAAAAAUA